AAUAGAAGAAAUUGUCUUUCGCUGUCACGAACAAUCAUAGCAGCCUCAUUAACCUUCUGAAACGCUGAAAGCACAAGCGCAGCACCUGUGUUGUACUUCUGCUUUGACCUCAUGACCCAAGGCUGACCUUCUACCUGCCCCCUGGCCUUGUGGGUUCUGUUCGUGAUGGACGUUCUCACACUAGAUGUGACAGAUCCCUGGUCUCCUGUGGCGAGGAAGAAGUUGGAGUGGAGUUUGUGACUGAUAAAAACAUGCUGGUGACGCUAAAACCACAGGAUCACGUGAUGUCACAAAAUCAGUAGUUGCGAUCAGUUGCGCACCCAGACCAGUUUUUCUACAAUAGGAUUGAUAGGACCAGGAUGAAUUGCUGCAGUCAGCCUACGCAUUUUUCCUCAGGUCUUGGCUGCAAUGAAAGAAAUAACGAUAUUUUAGGCUUAAUGAUUUUGUUUUGUUCAUCAGCGCCGGGACAUUUGACUCCUGACUUCGGUAUAUGCAUUUCAUAAGACACUAUCCUUCAACUGUAUAGACAAUAAGUGCGGACGUUUUUGUGUACUUUGACUCAUUAGAAGAUAAUUAGGAGUCAAUACUGAGGGUCCGUUGGAGCACUAGUGAGGGCCCAUCAGUCCGUUACACAAUAGAGAAUUUCAGUUUCUAAAGGGGAACACUGGAAAGGUUUAGCCGGGGAACUGUUUUGGAAGACAAUGGGUGACUCCCUGUGGGUGAGAGGAUGAGUUCCCCAGACAGGGGACAACACAGCAUGCAGGUUCUCUUCUCACUCCAUGGUAACCAUUGUGCUCUUCCCUCAAGCUUUUCCGCUUCAGCUUCCACACACACACCUCCACUAACAAUGACUCGGGCCUUGUUUUUGGCUUUAAUCUCACCAUGCACAAAUAUACUUUUUCUUCUGUUUUCAUCUUUUCCUGCUAAUGUUCACAAUAAAUGGGUUCACAGCAGUUGUGGUCUCGGGCUCAUUUAGGGUCACUAAGAUUGCUUGCGUACCAUUGUGUGUUUUGUGUCUCUGUGUUGUGCUGCGUGUUACUGCUAGCAUGCGUGUUGUGGUUUUUAUUUGUGUUUUUUUUUUGCUUUGUAAUCUGCUUUUGUGUUGGCUGAGUGACCAAGCUCUAGAAAUGGAAUCCAUCACAUUUGAAUUGUUUUGUCAGCUGCAACCUUAUCCAACUGACACACACACUUGCACACACACAUACAACCACACAGUAUGAUUGACAAAAUACUAAUGAUAGAAUAGUAAUGCUUAGCAAGUUUGUGCACAACUUCAUGAAACAUUAAACUUUGAGAAACCACUAGAGGGAGCCAUUUCCAAAUUCCACUGUCCAAAUUCCACUACUCCGUUUUGUUUUGAGUUCCUUAACAGUCUGCCAAUAGGAUUGUGUGUCUUCACAGCCAACUGGGACACUAAGCUCACCUGCUUCUCACUGCUGUGGCUCAUGUGUUGUGCUGGUGCUGCUUAUCUUCUUUAUCCUGGCCUGCUGUGUUUACAUCUGUUUGUGUUGGAUUGGACCUGCCGUUCAUCUGUGACACACUAAUGCUCGUUCACAAGUUCACAUGCACUUGGAAAACCUCCAAGAUGAUGUCAAGACAGAAUUUAUUCACAGAAGGUUUCAAUGAUGUUAGUGGAUUAUUUGUAAUGUAUUACUAUUAUUAUUAUUACUAUUAUUAUAUUGGUCCUUUUUUGCCUUCAUCCUGUCAGUUGUCAGGCACUGUCAGCCUCCACCACCUUAACCUAUAAUAUACAUCUUCCCCACUCAUACUGCUUCACUUUAUGUCCUCCUUUAUCACAUCUCUCUCUUCUUUUGCCCUGUUGCUCAUCCAACAUACUCGCUGUCCACUCAUCUCCCUUCUGAAACCAAGCCUGGCCUCCACUGAAUUUUUAUAUUUCCUUAUUCUCUUUAAUAGUGACUUUUCAUAUUCAUAGAACUUUUGCUUCCUAGAAGUAUUAAGUGACAAAACAACAAAGAGUCUAUGAGUAUGUAGUCUAGUUACCAGAUAUUCUUAGAUGAUUGGACUUCAGAACACAUGUGCUGAACAUUUUUGUGACACGGUUCUGCGUCAUCGAAGGUGACCAGCUGACCAAGAAGUGACAAGUCUUGUUGAACUUCCGCACACUGGAGUGCCCGAGGUGAAGUAUUAGUUAUCUGCAACACGGUGUCCAUCUGUGUGGGUGUCUGUCACAAUCAGAGUCCAGGACUAGAAGCCAGAUAAUCUGGAUUAGAGCAGAAGUUUUGCGAGUCAGAUAGGCGGAGCCAAGUGGAAGAUUGAAGGAGGAGGAAGCUCUCACCUGCUGCAAACUUGUCUGAACUUUUAAGGAGUCUUGUUACUAAAUGACUAUUGACAGACUCCCUUCAUUCACAGGAUAUGAGUUAGUGGAGAUUAUUAUUUUGCUGGACUGUUUUCAGUUCCUCUGGAGGGUGUUUUAACAGACUGCAGUGGGUUCGUUCUGCCGGACGCCGGUUUGAUUGCCUCUUUUUGCAAGUCCUGUGGAAUAUUUGUUUUGGAGUAAAGUCGUGUAAUCCAAGACUGCACGCUGCCUCUCUUUGUCAGGCAAAUCAAUGUGAAUCAAUAGAAUCCCCCAAGAGAGGGAGAGGAAGAACAAAACAGUAGGAGGAGGACAUGGGGGGAUAGGGGUCCCCUGAGGGUUGCCAAAAUCUCCUGCACACACACACACACACAUACCCUUCCGUCACUCCACUGUGCCACCACCUCAAGUGGAGGGCCCAGAAAGAGAGGGAAGGAGGAGUAGGGGGACUGGGAGGGUGGAUGGGUGAGGGUGUUAAGGUCUUAGCUGGGGAUGAUCACAUACGUGCACUGCCUCUCCUUGGAGCCGGUGGUUAGCUGCUGGCCGAGGGUCUGCUAUGAGGAACCCCUCGGUGAGAAGAAGACUUUGUGCUCCUUCAAACCCACCGGCGAGAUGGGGAACACCCUCCGACCCGAGGCCUCUCUCAGUCCAAGCCACCGGCCCGUCAAGACGGAGGGCUGCCUGCGCAAGCGUCUCCUCUCCAUGUCAAAGGUCCACCAGAAGCAGGACUCUCUUUGGACACCCAAACCCAUGUUGGGACCGCUCAACAAAGGCUCUCCUGGGAUGACUCUGACUUACCACGAUGGCCGAGCUGUGUCCAACCUGGACGAGGAGAGCAAGUGGACGGUCCACUACACAGCUCCAUGGCACCAGCAGGAAAAUGUCUUCCUCCCGGGCAACAGGCCGCCUUGUGUGGAGGACCUACAUCGCCAGGCCAAAGUCAACCUGAAGACUGCCCUGCGAGAAUGUGACAAGUUGAGGAAGGAUGGGUUCCGGAGUUCCCAGUACUACUCUCAGGGUCCCACCUUCUCAGACCCACUGCAGUCCGGCAGCCUGCUGGAUGAGGAGGAGGACGACAAGUCUUUAGCUUCCUCAGCAGAGGAUGACAAGUCACAGCUGUCCAUAAGGUCUCAGUCCAUGCUGGGCAGUGACAAGCUCGAUGCUGCAGAAGUGGACGGGAAGGUAGUCUGGACUAAAGCAACCCCCCUACCGACUCCUGAGGAGAAAAUGAGGCAAACAGCCCAGGCAGUGCCCACGGACAUAGUAGCUAUCAACGUCACAGGGGCAGUGUUUGACCGGCAGGCCAGCUUCCGGCGCUCCCUCAUUAACACUGACACCGUAUCCCGCCGGCCCAAGAAGGUCAAACGCAGAAAGACCAUAUCAGGCCUGCCUGACAACUUCCACCAGGAGCUAGCAGCAAAAGGACGAGGCGGGGAGCUACGACCGCAUUCCAUGUUCAUCCCAGGACAGUACUCCACUUUGGGCCGAGUUGGGAGUGUCAAUUCUAUGCUACGUCGGUCCCACACACGAGACUCCAGCUGUCAGACAGAGGACGUGAAAGUCGUGCCCCCAUCUAUGAGGAGGAUUCGGGCUCAGAGAGGCCAAGGCAUUGCCGCUCAGAUGGCUGGCAUCUCUGCGUCCUCCUCAACUGGAAGCAUUUCCAUCUCAAGCACCGACAGCUCUGGAAUUUUGAUGAUGCCGCAUCAAUUUAAUGGUGAUCCGUCCAGGUUUCACAGUCUGCCCCGACAAGGAGCCCGAGUCUCCCUGAGCGCUGACCCUCUUUACAGCAGCACCCCCAUCAAGUGCGAAGAGCAGAACACACCUCAGCGGCAAAUAGGAAAACUUCAGGUUGACGAAACCGCAGUGCACAUGAGAAACGCCCCGAGGACCAGCACCUUGCCCAGACCCAAGUCUCAGGAGGUGAGGGCAACUCAGUCAAGUGACUGGGGUGGCGGUCCAGCUCGCUUGGUCUCACCCCAUGCUUCCUACUCCACCUCUGUCAUACCCAACGCUACCAUAUCCAGCUCAUCUGAAGUCAUUACUCUCAACACGUCACAGUCUCCUGCCGCGGCUUACCCCACAGCACGACCACUCAGCCUGGCCUGUGGCACUCCCCCAAAGAUUUCAACUUCCACAGGUUUUAGUCACAGUUCCACGUGUCCAGACUUGAUCACCUCCACGCCCAACAGUGCACCACAGAUUGGUGGCAAAGUCGCAGCAGCACCUGCUGGCAGCUCGAGGGACUCUGACAGCAGCCUACACAGCCACAGCACCUUGGCCCCAACACCACCGUCCUACUUACCAGAGGAGCAGUGGCUCUACGAUACGCCUGAAAAUGUUGUCAGCCCACACCGCCCUUUGACCUCCAGCUGCUCGACACCGAUCAACCAGCUGUACAGUAGCUUGGAUCAGUCGUCCAGGACGACCACAGAUUCUAGUUCUCUGUAUUCCCAAGACAAUGAUGGAUACUACACGUCCAUGCAUCUGGAUUCGGGAUUGCGGUCACGCUGCCAUAACGGUGGGCAUGGAGCGGCAGCAGGACGGCCCACCAGACACAGCAUGUACGAGUGCCGCGAAAUGGCCAACAACGAAGACACUGGGAGCUUGUACAGCGAUCAUUCCUUAUCCCGCAGUAUCUCCCUGCGCAAGUCCAAGAAGCCACCGCUGCCUCCAGCUCGUACGGACUCCCUGAGGCGAAAACCCGGCUCCAAAAAGCCCCUCGGAGGUGUAAGUGCCAUCUCCGGAUCAAAUGAAUCCAACGGUGCGAUGCUCAACGAGACGCUGAUUGCAAGCCUGCAGCAGAGCCUUCAGAUAGGACUGAGAGGUGGGAAAGGUAAAGGAGCAUCUCCUUCCUCGCCCUCCCACAGCCCCAGCAGCGACUACGAUGACCCCUGGGUCUUACGACCUCGAAGCCACAGCAGCAUCAGUGCUGGGAGCUCCGCCGCCUCGCUGGUCGCUAACAGCAACAGCAUCUCCAACGCUUACUCGCUCUGCCACGUGACUCCUACUCAGAGCGAGACCAGCAGCUUGCGCUCGGAUUAUGCUGACUCGUGGGGAUAUUACAUGGACUAUCCCCGAAACAAUGGAGACCCGAGAGCACACACCCCUCUCGCCACCACGUCUGAUAGCAUGUUAGCUGGUUCUCAGUUGGGGCAGCCUCAGAACGGAGCUAACAUUCAAACUGAUGAUCCAGGGUCUGGAGUUACCGUUCAGGAUGGAGGCGUCGCGGUCAAGCCCAAAACCUCCUCACCUGACAGGGUGCACCGACUGACGUCACCCUCGAGUGGCUACUCCAGUCAGUCCAACACUCCCACUGCUGGAACACCAGUGCCCUCAAUUGCAAGGUCAAUGUCUCCUUCUGGCGGCCGACCCAAGCCUAAAGUUCCAGAGAGAAAAUCCUCUCUCAUCUCCUCAUUGUCUGUGUCCUCCUCUUCCACCUCUUUGUCAUCCAACACGUCAGAUUCCCUCAAAAGCUCUGGACCUCCUCCUCCACCACCAGCUCCUCCCAUCCUGCUGUCCUCAUCAUCCACUCCUAAUACUCCCAUCAGCCAACCUCCACCGUUUCCGCCUCCCGUUCCGCCAGCCAACACUCCACCUCAUUCCGCUUUGAGCCCCCCACCACCUUGCUCCGCCUCCCCAGAGUUCCCGCCCCCUCCCUCACCUGAUGCACUGCUCCACACAAGUGUUUCAUUUAAUGGGAGCUUCAGCCCUCCUCCUCCACCUCCUCCCCCGCCUCUCCCCUCUCUCGUGUCCCCACCACCUCCGCCUCCUCUUCCCGAUUGUGUCCCCUUACCUUCCUUCACCCGACCUGCUGUGACGCCAGUGAAAGACCCUCCUGCAAACAGCCCCACUGUGUCGACUAAGCCACUUAUUACGCCCUUCGCACUGCAAAGCGUCCAACUCCGCUCAGUGAAGCGACAGGAGGCGGAGGUCGGCAAAACGAAUGAUAAAAUGCUUAUAGAGCUCAGUCAGUGUCUCAGACCGGAGGCAGUGGACAUCAUUGUCUACCAGAAUCAGUUCCAGUCGUCAAACCACUGUCCAGGAGAUUCACGUAGCUCCACCCCGUCUCCAGUGUCAAGUCUUACUGAAGAACUGGGCCGUCCAUCGAAUUCUACGGACUGCAACGGAAAAGUUACGAAGGAGGAUUACCUCUUCUCAAGUGCAAAAGAACUUAUACGAAGUCCGCAGAAUUCGCCAGUCAAGGUCCCCCCUGCGGUGUCAAAGAAGCCAAAUUUGCCAGUGACACUGACCUGCAGCAAACUGGAGCCUGUCAGUUCCCAAACAAAGGAUACAUACGAUGGUCCUCGUCCCGAAGACCACAUUGAUGCGCCCACAGUCUCAGUGAAAGAAGAGGCAGUGGAGAAACAUGAGGCAGAGGACAGCACCACGGAGACGCCAGAGUCUCUAGCAGUGGUCAGCACGACGCCCUCAGAGGUCCCUAACAAUGGCCAAAACUGGCAGGAGCACAAAGAACCAUGCGCUAAUGGUGACGCUCACGAGGACACUGAUGAAGAUGUGGAAGAAAGUAGCACAUCCGGAUCCACCAGCUCCAAAGAGGAAGACCCAGGUGACGUGUUCGAACCCAGCACGGCGGAAUCCUCUCCGGCCCCGCGGGAGAACAUGGUGACCCCCACUCCCACCAGGACCCGAACUACUGAGGACCUCUUCGCUGUCAUUCACAGGUCAAAGCGGAAGGUUCUGGGUCGCAGAGAGUCUGAGGAGGAGAAGUGCAGGAGCCAGUCUCAAUCUCCGCCCGUCACCCCGACCUCUGCCCCCCCCAGCGUGGGGUCCUCGCUCCCACGACAGACAGGGUCCAUCCAGAGGAACCUGCGCAAGUCGUCCACCAGCAGUGACACCUUCAAGGCCCUGCUGCUGAAGAAGGGCAGCCGCUCGGAGACCAGCUUCAGGAUGUCCGCCGCCGAGAUGCUGCGCUCCACCGACCCCCGCUUCCAGCGCACUCGCUCCGAGUCGGCGCUGGACCCUGUGAAUGGCUCUCCGUCCUCCCCCGGCUCCCCUCAGAGCCCCUGCUCCUCGCCGGGCCGAGCCAAGCGCUCGCUGGACGAGUGGAGCCGCCAUGAGGCGAUGGCUCUGUCCUCGCCCACCUCGCCGUCCUACUUGCUGGGCGGGAUGAAGUACGGACGCUCGCGCACGCCGCCCUCCGCCGCCAGCAGCAAGUACAACUCCCGAUGUCGACUCCUCAGCAGCCCCAUGACGGUCAUCUGCGAGCGCGAGGGGGAGACUGCAGAGAGCGACUACGCAGACUCUGGACUGGAGGCGCAGGGCCUCCCGGUGCUCCAGGACUCCGAUGGCACUUUAUCUGAGCAGAGCAGAAGCUAGAGAUCAGCUGACGCCCAGAAAACACUGGACACUCCGGCCCUGCUGUGAGAUGUUCAUGGACCGGGUCCACCUAAAGUUCUGUCUGUGUCGGUGUCUGUGUUCAUGGCUUGUUUUUAAUGGAUCAUUCGUUUCUGUUGUUCAUUUCCUCCCGUCAGAGAGUCGAUCAGAUUGUUCCCUCCGUCAAACUGCGCUGCGUUCAAGGACACAAACGAUUGUGCUCCACAUGUGAAUGUUGUCUAGAGACAUCCCAUAAUAUAUACACACACACGACACGAACCGAUGUUUUAGUUCAAAUGGUUUUUAAGAAUGUGCCGUUGUUCAUGGGCUUAAAACAGAAUCUAUUCUUGUAAAGAGGAAAUUUAGAGACUUAUUUACUGUCAGUCACCAAAGAGAGGAGGCGGAGCCGACCUUUGACCUGAACGUGACCUGCUGGUGUGUUUUAUAUAUCGUGUGUGUGUGUAAAUACUCUUUGUACAGUUAAGGUUCCUCGCCGCCCUGGAGGACGCCUCUUUUCUAGAUUAUUUAUUUUCACUGUUGCUACAGCAGGUCAGCCACGUUCAUUCAGCUGACCGCAGUCUGGCGCCCCCUGCUGUUUUGGAGUGUGAGAGCAUGCGGUUGUAAGAGCAGUAGCUGGCCAGCAGAGGGCGCUGGAGAGGUCGGUGAAACUUCUUCAUAGUUCCGCUUCAGUUCUGUGUCAAUUACAGAUGUCAAAAGAAAGUACCUUUCCAGAGGAAUUAAAUCCUAUUUUACUCACAUUUUUAAAAAAGAUUUUCAAUGCCUGGAAUCACCGAUUACUGAGGUACAAAAUAAACCUGAUUUGAAGGAAGUGCAGUAAAUUCUAAUUUCAAAUAUUGUGGUACUAUUUUCAUGCCAGCAAAACAUGUUUAGUUGAUUACUGAACAAAUAUUUUUUUCAAAGAGACAAUAUUGACACUAAAACUGGAACUGUGUUGAAAAAAGUCUUCCAGUCAUGUGACUGCUGUAGCGGUCAGCUGAGUUAAAGUGGGUCUGACUGAGAUCUUCGUUCCUCGCCUGCGAGUCUCUGAUGGAGCAGUUGGAUUCUGGAUCGGGGGCAGGGAGGUCACCACAGGUCGCUCUGGCUGCUCUCCUUUCUGUGUAAUAAACAAAGGUGAUGUUUAAGAA